UGCUCAUUUUCAAAUACAUUUUUCUUUGAUUUGCUAUAAAAAUCACAGAAAGAAAUAAAGUUAAGAACCUCUGUUUUAGUCGAUAAGAUCACAAAGCAUUAUUUUAAGUCGCUCACCGAACAUAAUUUAUUGCAAUACAUAAGCGUAUUCGUUUCUAGUCGUAAAAUCUGUGUGUGUGCCUAUUGAAAAAUAAAGUGUGCGCAAAGCUGAUAGGGUUUUUAUUAAGUGCGAGGGAGCAGCGGUGCGGUAAAUUUCCCAUUCGAACCAAUUCCACCGCAAAUUACAAGAGGAGAGGACAAUCUGCUGAUACCAGAUGGGACCUCUCUCCUGUUCCUUUACUCUUCAUCAUCUUCAGUAACCGACGAUGCAUCCGCCAGUAAACAUCCUCGGCCUCCUCAAAAACCCCAAAGUGCUCGUCUUCUUGGUUGUCUACAUAUCCUUCUUCCUGGACAAUGUCCUGCUAACAGUAAUAGUGCCAAUUAUACCCGAUUACCUGUUUUCAAAUGAUUUAAAUUCCACCGAAGAUCUGGAGAUUGAAAGUUUGAGUCCGUUACAAAGGAAAUUCGAACACUUGGAAAAGGAUAAUGGACCCUUGGGUGCACUGUUAGCUUCAAAAGCUUUCGUACAAUUAGCAUUUACACCAAUCAUCGGAUAUGUAACUAGCAUAGUAGGAUAUCACCUACCUUUAUUCUUAGGAUCCAUCAAUAUGUUUUUUGCGGCUUUGCUGUUCGCGUACGGUCACAAUUACGGUGUUCUGGUUUUGGCCAGAGCUUUGCAUGGAAGUUCUUCUGCGGCGAUCGCGGUGAGCGGAAUGUGCCUGUUAGCAGAUACUCUUCCAAAGGAAAUCAGAAGCAGGGUGAUGCCUAUUGCAUUCGGAGGUAUAGCUUUGGGCGUGCUGAUUGGUUAUCCCCUAGGAGGAGUGGCUUACCAGUUCAUUGGAAAAUCAGCACCGUUUUUGCUAAUUGCGGCUUUAAUUGCGAUGAACAUAGGUUUACAAAUUUACAAUUCGCAACUGGUUAAGGAAGAAGUUGCGCAGGAGCGAUUCACGCACAGUGUGGAAUGGGUGAACUUGCUGAAGGAUAAGAAUAUGAUUAUUAUUUCUGGAGCUAUUUGCAUUUGUACUUCUUCUAUGGCUAUUCUGGAGCCCUGCGUGCCUUUGUGGCUUCUGGCCACUAUAACUCCUCCACCUUCCAAGUGGCAAUUGGGAGCAGUCUUUAUACCAGAUAGUAUUGGUUACUUUAUUGGUUCUCACUUCGCCGGAUUGUUUCCAGCUAAAGCGUGGAGGAUAGCUCUGAGCGCGAUGAUCAUCACCGGGCUUAGUUGUUGCGCUAUUCCUUUAGCUACCAGCAUUGGUGGUUUGACUCUCCCGCAUUUCGGAUUAGGUUUAGGUGUCGGAGUAGUCGAUGCCGCUUUGGUACCUUUACUAGCUAAUCUGGUGGAUACACGAGGAAACUCGCAAUACGGGCCUAUCUACGCUUUGCAACAAGCUUCAGUCAGUCUGGCAUACUCGUUUGGACCUCUUCUAGGAGGAAGGGCGGUUCACGCGAUCGGAUUCCCUUGGUUGAUGAGGCUAGUUGGAUUCAUCAACGUUCUAUUCUGCCCACUGCUAAUUGAAUUGGACAACGAUAAGGAAUCCGAGUGUUUGAAAACGAGCAGCCUUCCGACAUAUUCCACAUUGGAGAAUUCGCCCGAGGGUGGUGACGUGGACGCCAAUUGGGGGGAAACGGAAUAGAUUAUCCCGA